AUGGAUAUCAUUCGCCAGACUUUACGAGAGGAAAUAAAACGUAAAAGUAGUACAUCAUCCACUUCACAAACCGGAAAUACACAUUCUGAUAUUGGUACUAAAGUAAAUAAAUUUGCUCGAUGGGUAAAGAAUAAUUUUCGACGUUCCUCAACUGCAUUUAUGGAUGAUGACACUUUUGAAGGCAGUAGAGUUGGAAUUGGUGAUGGUAGUAUCAUUCAUGGUACCUAUAAAAAACCUGUAACUAUAGUAACAUCGGCAACAAUACCAAAAACAAUUACAUCUACAGUUGGAAGCGUUUCAUCGUCAGUCGGAUCGAACGGUGAUAUGACAUCUCCAGUUGUGAAGUGCGAUUAAUGCCAACUUACUUCAUAUUACAAUUAAUGUAAACUUUUCCUACUGAUAGUGACGAUCGGUGUAAAGAAGUGAUUUGCAGUAUACACUUAUGCCCAAGUUAUUAUAUUAUCAGUUCUUGCCGAAUAUGUUGCAGUUCUUUUUUUUUU